AUUUGAGACAAGCAACAAAAUUCAUCCCCCCUUCCCAAAUCGGAAAACAAACCGCUUUAUCAUUGUCUUUUCUGCCUUUCUCUUCCUUCCUUCCUUCCUUCCGAGCUUUCUCUGCAAAUCCCGCUCCAAUACUUAUGGAAGUCUCAGCCAAGGAACGCCUCGAUUACGGGAAGAUGGAUUACGGAUGCAAGCAUUACAGAAGGAGAUGCAUGAUUCGAGCUCCCUGCUGCAACGAGAUUUACCAGUGCCGCCAUUGUCACAACGAGGCCACGAGCAUGUUGAGCAACCCCUUUGAUCGGCAUGAACUCGUUCGAUAUGAUGUUAAACAAGUUGUUUGUUCAGUUUGUGACACAGAGCAGCCGGUUGCUCAAGUUUGUACCAACUGUGGCGUCAAUAUGGGGGAAUAUUUCUGCGAAGUUUGCAAAUUCUAUGAUGACGAUACUGAGAAAGAACAGUUUCAUUGCGAUGAUUGUGGAAUCUGCAGGGUUGGUGGUUGUGAGAACUACUUCCAUUGCAAAAAGUGUGGGUCUUGCUAUUCGGUUAGCCUGUGUGAUAACCAUUUGUGUGUGGAAAACUCCAUGCGGCACCACUGUCCAAUAUGCUAUGAGUAUCUUUUUGAUUCACUUAAAGACACAACUGUAAUGAAAUGUGGGCACACAAUGCAUUGUGAAUGUUACAAAGAGAUGAUAAAGCACAACAAAUGCUGCUGUCCCAUAUGCUCAAAGUCAGUGAUAGACAUGUCUCGGACCUGGAAGAGAAUAGAUGAGGAGAUAGAAGCAACUGCCAUGCCAGAGGAUUACCAGUACCAAAAGGUCUGGAUACUGUGUAAUGACUGCAAUGAUACUACCGAAGCCAACUUCCACAUAAUUGGGCAGAAAUGCAGCCAUUGCAAAUCAUAUAAUACCCGGUCAAGCCCUCCAGUUCUUCCUCAAUGAAGGGAUUAUGGUUACAGGAAUACAUCCAGACAACCGAUUGGAAAAAUUGAAAGUGUUAAACAGAAGGGUAUCUUUGAUUGCUUGCUCAAUCAUAUUGAACUGCUACUCGUAUUUAUUUGAGUUUGUAUAACUACACAAUGAUUCAAA